CGGCCCCGGAGGCGGCACCAGGAAGCACCCGCCCCGGCCGGAGCCGCCAUGUAACCGGCGCCGCCCGGAGCCCCAGCCGCGCGGGCCCCAGCGACCCGCCUGCCAUGGGAGACGAGGAUGAAGACGAGAGUUGUGCGGUGGAGCUGCAGAUCACGGAAGCCAACCUGACGGGGCACGAAGAGAAGGUGAGCGUGGAGAACUUCGCGCUGCUCAAGGUGCUGGGCACAGGAGCGUAUGGGAAGGUGUUCCUGGUGCGGAAGACGGGUGGGCACGAUGCGGGCAAGCUGUAUGCCAUGAAGGUGCUACGCAAGGCGGCGUUGGUGCAGCGCGCCAAGACCCAGGAGCAUACUCGCACCGAACGCUCAGUGCUGGAGCUGGUACGCCAGGCGCCCUUCCUGGUCACACUGCACUACGCCUUCCAGACGGAUGCCAAGCUGCACCUCAUCCUGGACUAUGUGAGCGGUGGUGAGAUGUUCACCCACCUGUACCAGCGCCAGUACUUCAAGGAGGCUGAGGUGCGAGUGUACGGCGGUGAGAUUGUGCUGGCCCUGGACCAUCUCCACAAGCUGGGCAUCAUCUACCGCGACCUGAAGCUGGAGAACGUCUUACUUGACUCGGAAGGUCACAUCGUCCUUACAGACUUUGGGCUGAGCAAGGAGUUCCUGACAGAGGAGAAAGAGCGGACCUUCUCCUUCUGUGGCACGAUCGAGUACAUGGCCCCCGAGAUCAUCCGAAGCAAAGCUGGGCAUGGCAAGGCUGUGGACUGGUGGAGCCUGGGAAUCCUGCUCUUCGAGCUGCUGACAGGGGCCUCGCCCUUCACACUGGAGGGAGAGAAGAACACUCAGGCCGAGGUGUCUCGACGGAUCCUGAAGUGCUCCCCUCCCUUCCCCCUCCGGAUUGGGCCUGUGGCACAGGACCUGCUACAGCGGCUGCUGUGCAAGGACCCUAAGAAGAGGUUGGGCGCAGGUCCCCAGGGUGCGCAGGAAGUCAAGAGUCACCCCUUUUUCCAGGGUCUGGAUUGGGCUGCUCUGGCUGCCAGGAAGAUCCCAGCCCCGUUUCGGCCACAGAUCCGCUCAGAACUGGAUGUGGGGAAUUUCGCAGAGGAAUUCACUCGGCUGGAGCCAGUCUACUCGCCUGCUGGCAGCCCUCCACCUGGGGACCCUAGGAUCUUUCAGGGCUACUCCUUCGUGGCACCAUCCGUCCUCUUCGACCACAACAACGCAGUGAUGACGGAUGUGCUAGAGGCACCUGGUGCUGGAUACAGGCCUGGCAGGGCAGCAGUUGCCAGGAGUGCCAUGAUGCAGGACUCACCCUUCUUCCAGCAGUAUGAGUUGGACCUUCGAGAGCCCGCGCUGGGCCAGGGCAGCUUCUCCGUGUGUCGGAGAUGUCGUCAGCGCCAGAGCGGCCAGGAAUUCGCUGUCAAGAUUCUCAGCCGCAGGCUGGAGGAGAGCACGCAGCGCGAGGUGGCCGCCCUUCGCCUGUGCCAGUUACACCCCAACGUGGUGAAUCUGCAUGAGGUGCUCCAUGAUCAGUUGCAUACUUACCUAGUCUUGGAGUUGCUGCGGGGCGGGGAGCUGCUGGAGCGCAUCCGCAAGAAGCGGCUCUUCAGCGAGUCGGAGGCCAGCCAGAUCCUCCGGAGCCUGGUGUCAGCUGUGAGCUUCAUGCACGAGGAGGCAGGCGUGGUGCACCGCGACCUGAAGCCGGAGAACAUCUUAUACGCGGACGACACGCCUGGGGCCCCAGUGAAGAUCAUCGACUUCGGGUUCGCGCGUUUACGGCCGCAGAGCCCGGCGGGGCCCAUGCAGACGCCUUGCUUCACGCUGCAGUACGCGGCCCCUGAGCUGCUGGCACAGCAGGGCUACGACGAGUCCUGCGAUCUUUGGAGCCUGGGUGUCAUUCUGUACAUGAUGCUGUCGGGCCAGGUUCCCUUCCAAGGGGCCUCCGGCCAAGGCGGGCAGAGCCAGGCAGCUGAGAUCAUGUGCAAGAUCCGUGAAGGGCGCUUCUCACUGGAUGGGGAAGCCUGGCAGGGAGUGUCGGAGGAAGCCAAGGAGCUGGUCCGAGGUCUACUGACAGUGGACCCAGCCAAGCGGCUGAAGCUGGAGGGGCUGCGAAGCAGCUCCUGGCUUCAAGACGGCAGCGCGCGCUCAUCGCCUCCGCUCCGGACGCCUGAUGUGCUGGAAUCCUCCGGGCCAGCAGUGCGCUCAGGGGUCAACGCCACUUUUAUGGCGUUCAACCGAGGCAAGCGCGAGGGCUUCUUUCUGAAGAGCGUGGAGAAUGCACCUUUGGCCAAGCGGCGAAAGCAGAAGCUCCGGAGCGCGGCCGCCACCUGCCGUGGCUCUCCAGUGCCUGCUUCCUCAGGUCGGCUACCAGCCUCUGCCACCAAGGGGACACCACGCCGAGCCAACGGCCCCUUGUCCCCCUCCUAGCUCCCGCCACUGUGACCCCCUUCCCCUUUGGAGCUGUGACCCGGGAGCCCGGUGCUGCC